AUGACAAAGGCAAACACUCUCCUUUGCUCCAUAGGUGACAAGGCAGGCAUCCCCAACUCAGAAACUGGGGGGAAACAGAAGGUUGUUAAAAUACAGCUAAAGUUGGUGGGUAUGGGGACCUUACCACCGUCAGAGUGCUGCCUCACCUACACUACCCACAAGAUCCCGCGUCAGCGGAUUAUGGAUUAUUAUGAGACCAACAGCCAGUGUUCCAAGCCCGGAAUUGUCUUCAUCACCAAAAGGGGCCAUUCCAUCUGCACCAACCCCAGGGACAAGUGGGUCCAGGACUAUAUCAAGCACAUGGAGGAGAACUGAGUGACCCAGAGAGGGUGGAGAAGGCACAGCUCAGAGACCUAAACAGAAGAUGCCAAAACCCCCUUCCUCCACCCACUCCUAACUCUCAGCCCCAGCCACCCUCUGGGA